AUGCGCAAGGGUGGAUAUGUGGUCCUCGCAGCAGUCCUCCUCACCGCAGCCACAGCCCUGCUGCUCAGCUCCAAGAACAAGGACUCGGCAGAAGCUCGCAUGCGGACCGUGCUCUUCACCCACAAGCUCCAUCUCCCAAACUCGCCUGACGCCGAUCGCAUGCACCCGCACUCGGACUCGCACACACGCUCAGACUCACGCCCGCACACGCGUCAUCCGUCGCAAAAGGAGCCUUCCCUGGCCGAAGCCACCGCCGUGGACGCGCUUGGCUCAGCAGGCGACGACGCUGGCGACGAGACGGCCCAGGACGAUGCCCACGGCGAGUCGGCGCGCAUCCACGCUGCAGAGUCACAUCGCGACGUGCUUCCGGUCACAGACGUCGAGCAUGCUGCGGCGGAGGACGAUGCCGGCGUCGUCGACUACCGCGGCAUCCGCAUCUUUGAUGUCAACGUCCACGGAACUAAGAUCGACGACGGCGAUAGCCUGGAGCCGCUCGAUUGCGGAUCGCCGGCCAUCGAUGGCUACAAGCAUGUCAAUCUGACUUGCCUUGGCGAGUCGUCGACCAUGGCCGACUGGAUCGCCCGCGGCGAGUCGAACGACGGUUACGCCGUCUGGAUGGAGCGCGGCGCCUCAUACGACGGCAUCGGUGUCAAGUGGGGCCCACACAACAAGAAGGACUCACCUUACGAGUGCGCUCUCGACUGCUACAACUUUGAGCCCGACCUCAAAGCCAAUCAGUUCCCCUGCAACCUCUGGGUCUACUGCCCUGACGACGAGUGCUUCGAGCCCGACGCACACACACACACCAAGGGCGACUGUUGGCUCAAGUUUGCUGAACGUCCGCAUGCGCCUGAAGUCAACCAGCGUGGCAAGAUGAACCCCGAAUACGCCGCCCGCCACAAGGACUUUGUCGCUACGCAGUGGAUCUCUGGCGCCGUCAUCCCCCGUGAUACCAAGAUGACAAAUGGCGUCUUUGGUCCGCGCGCUGACUGCCGCCCAGAAGGUGCCCAAGCAGACCUCAUCUACGUCGCCUUCUCACCCGAUGCCUCAAAGUACACCCCAUGGCUACAAGCCUCGCGUGGUGCAGACGUUGUACCAUCAUACCUUGGUGGUGGUGGCCUCAAUCUGCUGACUGGCGACAACUACUAUCCUCUCGACCACGUGUGGGAUGCGCUUGGCGUGUGGGACGACGUUGUGCCUGCUGCCAUCGCCCGCUCGCGCGGCGCAGACGGCGCCAUGUACGCUGUCCCUAUCUCGGCCGAGCCUAACAUGUGCAUGUACUCGGUGCCAAUCUUUGACGCGCUUGGCCUCUCGCCGCCGCGCACCCUCUCGGAGCUCAAGGCUGUGUGCGCCGCCGUGACCGCCGCCGGUAUCGGCUGUCUCGCCGCUGACACGCCGCUCUUUCCCAACACUGCGUACUUUGACGAGCUUGCGCUGCGGAUGCAUGGCAACGCUUUCUACAAAAAGUUCUUCAACGGCCGCAUCGCAUUCACCGAUCCGCGAGUCCGUGCCACCUUUGACGAGCUCGCCGAUCUGAUGACCGCCGGCUAUCUUGGGGUGCCCAACCCACACGUCAACGGCACGGCCCCGUAUUUGCCUCAGGACAUGGCCCAUGGCCACGUUGCCAUGUUCUGCGGCUUUGAAGCCUUUACCAUGUUUCCCAUCCUCGCGGGCAUGCCCUCCGCUGACAUCGGUGCCUUUGUCUUUCCGGCCUACGAUGGCGCUCGUGGCUCGGCGCCGCCAAACUCGAUCCCGGGCGUUCUAAUGACGCUCGUCACUCUUGCUGUCCCGCGCACCGCCCUUCACCCAGAUGAGGCCAUGGCAUUUGUUGCCCACGCCGGGAACACGACCCACUAUGCCGCUGCCUUCACCGCCGCAAGCGUCAUGUCGGGCUUGCCGCUGCGACCCUCACUCUUUUCGCUCGUCACACACCCGCGCUCGGAAGUGGCCAAGGCCAAGCUCGCGGCUGCCUCGGACAUCUUUGAGCGCUCGCUUGCUGGCUUUGGCGUCAUUGAUCUCGUCCUCGAGUACAGCGCCUUCUCCUUUGGCCUUGACGCCAUGGCCAAUCGAUCCGCCACCGCUCUGGCCGCCCACUUUGACGCCGAGCUUCCGAGCCUGGAGGCCGUCCGCCUCGCGUCAAUCCUCUCGCUUACCGUCGCACCGACAGCCUCGCAUCCGUCUGGCACAUACACCGACGAGCUUGCGGUUGUCCUCUCGAGCCUCACCCGCGGCGCCACUCUCUACUACACUCUUGAUGGGACCAAGCCGACUACCGACGCCCUCGUUUUUGCCCAGCAUAUCUCGCUCUCCACUGACGGUGCCCACGAGAUCCGCGCCAUCGCGCACGCUCCUGGUCUACAGGUCUCGUCUGAACUUCGCCUCGGGUACACCCUUAAGCUCUCGCCACCUUCUCGGUCUGUGAGCAUGUCGGCGGGUGCGCUCUCAACUGCGGCUGUUGUCGCCAUCGCGCUCGCGGCCGCGUGCGUCUGCUCCGCCGUUGUUGCUGUCGUCGCCAUCAUCGUUCUCCGCCACCGGUCGGUCACCACCUUCCGCCUCCAGUCGGACGCCGAGCUGGUCAUCCCAGCCGAGGACGUGAGCCUCGGGCCGGUGGUGGGUACCGGCUCAUAUGGCGUCGUCUACCGCGGCAUGUGGCGCGGGACCCAGGUGGCUGUCAAGAGAACCCGUGCAGGCCCGCUGCAGGGCCGGCAGAUGCGUGAGUUUGUCGACGAGGCGAGCAUGCUCCUCCGCCUCCGUCACCCCAACAUUGUGCUCUUCAUGGGCAUCCACCUCGAUCCGCCGGCGAUUGUGACCGAGUUUAUGUCGCGCGGGAAUCUCGCCGACGUCCUCGCCUCAGACGCAUUCUUCCUCGACUCGUCUAUUGUCCUCCGCUGGGCCCACCACAUUGCCCUUGGCCUGCAGUAUCUGGCACACGCCGGCGUCGUCCACGGCGAUUUCAAGUCGCUCAACGUGCUCUUUGACGGAAACUGGGUACCCAAGAUUGCCGACUUUGGCCUCGCCUCAAUCAAGGCGCCAACCGGUCAGCCCUUGCCCGCGCUCUGCAUGAACGCCGCCAACUCUUCUGCGCCUGCCACACCCGCCGGGCGCCCAGUCAAUAUCGACGCCUCGGACGGCGCUCAGGAGUUGGUCACAACCGGUAUGUCGAUCUCGCUCUUUGAAUCGGGCGGCGCACACGACAGCCGCGCAUCAGCGACCCGCACCCGCCGUAGGAACAAGGUCGGCCCGGUCCCAGAGCACUCGACCACGCCACGGCUCACGCCGCCUCAGUCGCCAAUGACCACAGAGACGUCGGCCGCAGGCACCGGACCCAAUGUCGGCUCCAUUUUCUGGGCCGCGCCUGAGGUGCUUAUCGGCGGCAGCACCGCGCUCACCACCGCGUCCGACAUGUACGCGCUCGGCAUCACACUAUGGGAGCUGGCAUCCCGCGCAGAGCUCUACCCGCAAGUCAACCCGCUGGCGCUUGCCCUCGACGUCAUCCACGGCCGCCGGCCAGACAUCCGCGCCGUUCCGCCGCAGCUCAGCCAGCUUCGCUCGCUCAUUCAGGCGCUCUGGCAUCACGACCCGGUGGCGCGGCCACUGCCGGCCCAGAUUGUUUCGCGCCUCGCCUCGCUCUAUGACCCAACUAACGUCAUUCCGCCGUCGUCACCGGCCGCUCCGUCGGGCUCGGUUGUCCUCGUCCACGUCGUCGUCGCCAAACUCGGCUCGCGUCUCAUUCUGGCCCCGGACGCCACCGCCCAGGCUCUGCGUCGAUUCCACGCUAGGACGCGCGUGGUGGCGACCCAGGCCCACGGCGCCAUCCUCUCGUGGACCCUUGAAUCGGUCACUAUCUCGCUGCAGGAUCCGCGCCAGCUCGGCAACGUCAUACAAGGCAUACUCUCCAUUUGUAAGCGUGUUGGCCCGCUGCUUGCCGUCGCUGCGCAUGGUAGUAUCACCUCGACCUCGGCGCUGCAGGUCUUCACCUCGACGGCUCAGGGUGCGGCGCCGUCGACUGCCGACGAGCUCGUCUUCCACGGCGCGGUCAUGGACGAGCUGAAGGACGUAUGGCAGGCCGCAUUUGGCGGCUCGCUCCCGCCGUCGCUCCUCCGGCUCGAGCCGACCGACACAGACUCGGUGUCGUCGCUUUCACGUUGCGAGUCGACCAGUCCCGGCGGCCUAACCAGCCUCGAACCGGGCGUCUACAUUGGGCCGUCGCUCUUUGACGACAUGGCCAUGCCCGGGCAUGACCAGCUGCUUGUCGAGCCUGUGGCCGCCGAUGCGGCCCUCCUCUUCCGCAUUAAGCAAAAGCCCAAGCCGCGCGUAGAUACGCGGACCAACGGUGAUGUCGCCGGCCCGAGCGCACUGACUGAGUCAAGCAACGACGCCGACGAGGCGCUUGUGUCGGACGACGAGACCGCUCUUGCGUCCAUCGACGACAACCUCGGAACUGUCCUCGCUGAUGACAUGAGCUCACACCCUGACGUGGGCCAGUCGUUCGCUGAAGUCGAUGCAAUCAUCGGCCUCCCACACGACACGUCUUUCUCCGCCUCGCUGACGCACUCCAUGUCAAUGCGCCGCUCGCAGCCAGCAGGCCUCAUGACGCUGUACUCAGCCCGGGACAUCGCGGCGCUGAUUGGCCAGGGCGGGAAGCGGGAGCUCGGCUCGUACGCCACCGUUUACUCGGCAACAACACCGCUUGGCCCUGUUGCCGUCAAGGUUCUGCUGAAGCAGCGGUUCGAGCCUGCGCAGCUCAUCAGUGUUGCUGCCAGCACAGCCAAGGCCUCGCGCGCGGGAGGAGCACACUCGGCGCUCGCCGGGCCGGUCGGGCUUUGCGUCGAGAGCCCGUACAUCGCUGUCGUCUUUGCACAGCUCAACCAUCCGUCCAUGACUGAGGCCGCGGGCUCAAUGUCGUCGUUAGACAGACUGUGCCUGGUCAAAUGCCUGCUUGUAGCGCUCGCGGCGCUGCACGCCGCCACCGGCGCCGGCCACGGUGCACUCUCGCCAAACAACGUCUUUGUCAAGCUCCGCACGGAACCGGCACUAACCCGGCCGCGAGUCGCCGCCGUGGCGCUCACCGACUUUGGCAUGGACAUCCUUCGCAUGCACCUCGGAACGAUGACCGCCAUUCCCUCGGCAGCGUACACCGCACCUGAAACGCUGCGCGGCGAAGCUUCCCGCCCGGAGACCGACGUCUUUAUCUUUGGCUCGCUCCUCUACGAGCUCUCCACUGGCCAGGCCGCCUUCCGCGGCGAAAACGCGCUCGAGGUCGGCUACCGGCUGCUCUCCGGCUGGCGGCCAGCUGUCGACCUGCUGCCCAACGGCGUGCGCGAGACUGUGGCCCGCUGCUGGGACACUGAUCCGGCCCUCCGCCCUACCAUCGCCGAGCUCCUUGACCUGGUCAACGCUGGCCAGCUCGGCAGCUUGUGAAGACAUCCGUGUGUGGUCACGAUACGACGACGCCGAGGAGUGCGGCCUUUACUCGCCAUUGCUCAGCGCUUGUUCCACCGUGUAAACGUGAUGCCUGCUGCCA